AUGAGGAAUGCACAACAAAGGAUCACCAUCGGCCAUGGAGAAGUAGAAGAGACAGGACCAGUUGGACUGGAUUGGAACAAGUUGAAAGAAACACUGAAUCCUGAAUUCGAUUGGGAAGCCGCUGUGCAAGCGACUCUCAAGACUGACGAUUCUUUUAAGGAUGCCAUAGAACAGGGUCGCAUUUAUGCUCUUCGUUAUGAGAUAUGCGACGACCUUCCGAGAUCUCCAGACCUCACUGAUCGAGAUCCUCGAAGGACCAUGAGGGACUUUCUCUCUCCCAUUGCUGUGUUUGCAUCUACCAAAGUUGGUAAACGCAAUGAGCUUGUGCCUGUUGCCAUACAAAUGAACUAUAAACCAGAUUCAGCAGUUUACACCCCCGAAGAUGGAGACAACUGGUUGAUGGCCAAACUUAAUGUUCAAAUCACGGACAUCGGAUAUGCUCAAAUUGCAGAGCACCUUGCUAGGGUCCAUUAUUUCAUAGAGCCAUUCUGCGUCUCCCUAAAACGCACCUUACCUCCCACGCAUCCACUGAAUCAAAUACUGAAGUAUCACUGCCGAGAGACAAUUGUCCCCACUACCUUUGGAACUCCUAUUCUACUCGCCGAGGCAGGGUUUGCAGAUGUGCUGUUUGCAUAUGGAAGUGACGGGGCACUCAGACUUUUACAAGACAUACAUCCUCUAACAAGCUGGGAAGUGACAGACUUCAGAAAGAACAUCAAGGACCGUGGGCUAGAUGACAGGAAGCUGCUGCCCUACUUUCCGUUCCGAGAUGACGGCAUCAGAAUCUUAAAAGUUAUCGAAGCCAUGGUUGAAGAUUACGUCAACUUGUAA